UUUGUACAUGCGCACGAUGAUACAUUCCUACCGGUGAGAUUGCCAGGUAUUUUGUAGCAGACGGUUUUAUGUUUAUUUGUUGUUUUCCUCAAUUUCCUGACCAAAAAACACAUUCUCUGCGGGAGAAACAUAUCCCAAAUGCAAGUGUGUAAAUUUUCGCGUCGUUUUAACUCCUCAAGUUGUGUAUUUGAUUUGAAAAAGCAUCGGAAAUCCGCUAGGAAGUGAUAGUUCAGCUGAACAACUUUACGUCAAAAUUUUAUCGGGCAAAGAUGACAGAAAAAAUUGUGCCAAAAAAGGACAUUUCCAAUUGUCUAUCGACGUGUUUUCUACUGACUUGAAUUCUACGCCAUUUUUGUCGAAGAAAACCGUCGUUUGAAAGCUUCAACUGUCGUCAAAUCGGUUACUGGCAACAUGUCUGACAUCGGAGCAGAAACUGACAGCCUAGGCACCGGUGAGGAGGGCUCGGCCGCGGGCUCCCCAGCCACCAAGAAGAAGCAUCGCCAGCCUAAAAAGAAGACCCUGGCCAGACUAAAGGCCAUGAAGAAAAAUGCCAUGGGGAGUAGCGAAAGCCUGGGAAAUUCCUCACAGGCUGACUCUGAGAGAGGAAACGAGGGGAAAGAAGAAGAAAAGUCUGAGGUGAAACCAGACACGAAAGAGUCCACGUCCAAAGAAACCGGCGAAAAGGAUCCUGAAAAUUCUGAUGAGUCAAAACCCAAGCCGAAACCAAGACGGAGAUUUAAGGAGUUGGCUCAGAGUGGUGACGAAGCAGAUAGAAACUCCUUGUCUGACUUCGAGGGUAAGCACUCUCCCCGUCCCCCCAGCAAGCCUAAACCAACGACGCGUAGGUUCGGUAGUACAGACAGUCUGAAGUCUAGUUCUUCUGUAGAUGUAGAGAAUAAGUCACAAGGUUUGAACUUACCCAAAAAGACUGCUAGUGAGUCGUCCACAGAUUCAGCAGUCACCAGGUCCCCCCGUCCAGGCCAGUGGAGGGGACCCAUCGAGCCAAAAGUCAAGGAAACUAAACCAACCGCUGUCGCCCUGUCAGACUACAGUUCAGAUGACGGCGUAGAGACGAAAAAAGACGAAAAACACAGGAAAGAUAAAGAACAAAAGGGAUCUAAUUCCACUGGGAACACUUCAAAAGAAAAGGAUUCACCUGGGAAAAGUACUACCCCUGCGGGCAGUGAAAACAAAGGUAACCAAGACGCUAAACAGGUUAUAGGGGGAAGUAGUUCAACUGGUAGUGGGGUGCCUAGUGGGUCAUCUUCUGACGACGAUGUUGUCAUAUCGACUGGUAAACCUAAAUCAGACAAAGGAGACUCCAAGACAAAAGAACAGAAGACAGAGGGUAACAUUUCUUCUCCAAAAACAAGUCAUGUGAACGAUAGGACAGGUGGUGUUUCAGAAAAGGUAGAAAUGAACAGAGGUAAGGACAGUGACGACAGUGAUGGUUCCCUACCUGACAUGGUGCCAGAACUGGAGGCAAAGCUGACUGCGAAGUUGAAAAUGGAAGACAAGGGACCCAAGACGUCAACGCCCUUAAAGAGACAGUCGUCCUCUCUAACCAGCGACACUUCAUCGUUAGUUUCCGUGACCAGCGAAUCCUCUUCGGAAGAAGACGACCUAUUCCUGACCAAUCACAAGCCGGGAUUGAACAGAUUGGAGCCGCUAAAAGGAGCGCCAAACCUACCUCCCAUAGAGGGAAAUGCGUCGUCGCAGUCGCUGAGAACGACGAUCAAAACAGAGUUCCCAGUGUAUUCGCUGUACCACGGGGAGAGGUCGAACUCCAUGCCAGGUCUGAACGCCGGGCACCAGCUGAGCCGUACAGAGUCGGACAUGUCCGUCAUGUCGUUCCAGUCUGUCAGCGCUCUGCCCAUGAUACAGACUAGGGCUGCAAGAGACAGGAGUUAUCUGCUAGGCAGCAGCAUGAGCUCUGGAGCCCUGCUAGGACAGGACGAACUGGAGAGAUACUUCCCUGACCGAAGGAUGACCAUCUUUGUAGGGACAUGGAACAUGCAUGGCGAAAAGGACCUGCCUGAGAAGAUCGAUGACUUCCUCCUGCCUGAGUGCUGUGAAUAUGUCCAGGACAUGUAUAUAAUGGGCUUUCAGGAGGGCACGCCCACAAGGCGUGAGUGGGAGAUCCGGAUGCAGGAGACCCUGGGCCCCACACAUGUGCUGUUCUACUCCGGGACCUACGGAGUUCUCCACCUCUGUGUCUUCAUCAGGAGAGACCUCAUCUGGUUCUGUUCAGUUGCAGAAGAAGAUACUGUCAGUACAAGAGCCUUCUCCCAGAUAAAAACCAAGGGUGGGCUUGCCGUUUCCUUCAGCUUCUUUGGGACGACCUUUCUCUUUAUCAACUCUCACUUCACCUCUGGAGACAACAAGGCAAAGGAGCGGAUAGCAGACUACAGUAAAAUCUGUGAGGCCAUCUCCCUACCCAAGAUCAUUCCUGUCAAUCAACACAGCACCGACCCAAAUGACUGCACCUCGCGGUUCGACUGUGUCUUCUGGUUUGGCGACAUGAACUUCCGGCUGGACCACGAGAGGUCAAAGGUUGAGGAGCUGAUCAAACACGGGCACAAGUCGGACUACAAGGAGCUGGUGGCACACGACCAGCUCACUAAUUUCAUGAAGAAGGAUGAGGCCUUUGUUGGUUUCAAGGAGAGCCAGAUCCGGUUUCCACCCACCUACAAGUUUGACCUGAACACGGACCAUUAUGACACCUCACCCAAGCUCAGGGUGCCUUCCUAUACGGAUCGAGUGUUGUACAAGUGUAAGAAGGCAGGAGACAUCACUCCCAUGCAUUACAGUAACGUGCCAAGUAUCAAGAUCUCAGACCACCGGCCUGUUUACUCUGUGUUUGAGGUCAAGAUCAGGCCUGGGAGGGACACUAUCCCUUUGGCUGCCGGACAAUUUGAUCGGGAAGUGUACAUCGAAGCCAAUAGAAGACGUGCCAUGCAGAUCAACGUGGAGCGCAAACAGAGCCGCAUCUGUUCCAUCAUGUAGUAACUCUGGUGGGAGACAAAAUUUACAAUUCACAGACAACCACCUUACUUGGAACAUCCCUUUUGUGUACAUGUACCUUCUUCUCAAAUAUAUGGAGCAUAACACUACAUUGUUUAUUAGUUAUUUCUUAUUAGUGCUGUUACUGAAGCAUUUGAUGCAUAUGAAACACCAGAAAAUUUACUUUUUAUUUUUUGUUUACAUGUUUCCCACCACAGCUUUCCGAUUGGUUAAGACAUUGUUGUUCU